CACUGGGACAGUUCAGGUUUUUUUCUAAUUUUAUUUUAGAUUCCAUAGUAUACAGGUAUUUAAUUAUUUUUCUAGAGCUAUCGGUCCAACAUCCAAUUUUGAUCAAUUCGAUCGUGCAUUUGGCUGUACACCCGGCCAAAGCAAUAGUCGAAAGGACAAAUGUAUUGUUUGGUAG